UCAAUUAUUGUGUAUGCCUUAUCGCUAUAACCGGUUCAAGUUCAUUUAGGUACCUACCUAUUAUGAUGAACAAUCAGUUGUUAGUUUCUGAGUUUCAGUACGAGCAUCAAAGUGUAUGAAUUAUGAAAUGAGUCGAGUGAAUGUCGGUAACCCACCUUAAAAUCUAGUAUAACUUCAUUUCAUCGGUGUGAAUUGCAAUUUUUAGAUGGCAAAUUCGAAUUAAGAAAAUCGCGAUUUUGUGAUAAUAAGUUUCAUCUUUUCGUUCAACUAAUUUCGUUCAACUAACCUGCAGGCUGCAACUUUUAGAAAAAGUGUUCAAGUAGAUCUUCGUGACAAGGAAUAAAUUCGGUAGAUAGGUAUGUGUGUUGUUUAACUAACUUCUAGAUUUAGAUAGAGUUUUUAAUUCAAGUGUCUUUGAAUUUUUCUGUCAACGAAAAAAUUUGUGUAAUAGAUAUCGGUAUAAAUGGGUGACUUAGCGAUCGGAAUUGACCUGGGUACUACGUACUCUUGCGUUGGCGUUUUCCGGCAUGGGAAAGUUGAAAUUAUUGCGAACGAUCAAGGUAAUAGUACCACGCCGAGUUACGUCGCAUUUACAAAUAUCGAAAUCUUGGUCGGAGAAGCAGCGAAAAAACAAUCAACUAGAAACCUGCAUAAUACAAUUUUCGAUGUGAAAAGACUGAUGGGUCGUAAAUUUGACGAUGAUACAGUUCAAGCCGAUAUGGAGAAUUGGCCUUUCCAAGUCAUUGAUGAUAACAACAAACCUAAAAUCAAAGUUGAAUUUCAAGACAAUUCUAAAACGUACUUUCCCGAAGAAAUUUCAUCGAUGGUAUUGCGAAAAAUGAAACAUACAGCUGAAGACUAUUUAGGUAAACCGGUCAAGAACGCUGUAAUAACUGUACCUGCCUAUUUUAACGAUUCUCAAAGAGCAGCUACCGUAGAUGCCGCUAAAAUCGCUGAUUUAAACGUGCUACGUAUCAUUAAUGAACCUACUGCUGCCGCCAUUGCUUACGGUCUAGAAGAAAGAAGUUCCGAUGUACAAAACAUAUUGAUUUUCGAUCUCGGUGGCGGAACUUUCGAUGUCUCUAUUUUGACACUUCAGAACAACGUUUUCGAAGUAAUUUCAACCGCCGGCGAUACUCACUUGGGUGGCGAAGAUUUCGACAACAAAAUGGUCAAUUAUUUCGUCGAAGAAAUCAAACGUAAACACAAUAAAGAUCUCACCGGAAACAAGAGAGCUCUUCACCGUCUGCGAGCUGCUUGCGAAGGAGCGAAGAGAACUUUAUCAUCAGCCACCGUAGCCAAUAUCGAAAUUGAAUCUCUUUACGAUGGCGAAGAUUUUUAUAGCUCAAUUUCUCGUGCUCGUUUUGAUGAGUUAAACUCAGACUUCUUCAAAAAUUCAAUUCAACUGGUGGAAGAAGCCAUCCAAAAUGCUGAGAUGAACAAAACUCAAAUUCAACAAGUCGUUUUGGUGGGAGGCUCGUCGCGUAUUGUGAAAAUACAGACUAUGUUACGAGAUUUCUUCGACGGAAAGGAUCUGAGCAAAUCAAUUGAUCCCGAUAAAGCUGUAGCGUACGGAGCUGCUGUACAAGCUGCUAUACUAAGUGGUGUUAGAUCGAAGGAAGUGCUAGGUAUAGUACUGAUGGAUGUUACACCUUUGUCGUUAGGAAUUAAUGUUAAAAGUAAAAGAGGAUAUGACGAUGAAACGGCUGUGGUUAUCGAACGUAAUACUUCUAUUCCAGCCAGACAAACUAAAGGUUUUGUAACAUCAGAAGAUAAUCAAACCCGUGUACGUUUUAGAGUAUACGAAGGAGAGUAUUUUUUGUCAGCGGAUAAUCACCUGCUAGGUAAAUUUACACUUACUGGAAUCCCUCCUAAACCCGCUAAGGAAGCUAAAAUUGAUGUAACUUUCGAAAUCGAUGCUAACGGUAUAUUGAACGUAACCGCCAUCGAAAGAUCUACCGGUAGCAGUAACCAUCUGACCAUUGCCUACGAUAAAGGUCGUCUCAGUAAGGAAGAAAUUGAACGUAUGAUCAAGGAUGCUGAAAAAUUGCGAUCUGAAGAAGAUAAUCGAAAAGCCGCAUUUGUCGCCAAGAACUCUUUAGAGUCGUACUGUGUUAACGUGAAGAGCACAAUACAAAAUGAAGAAUUGAAAGCAAAAAUUAAUGUAUUUGAUAAAGACUUGAUUUUGAAGAAAUGCGAAGAAACUAUUGCCUGGUUGAAUUCUGAGCUGCCAGCUGAAAAAGAAUUAUUCGAACGUAAGCAAAAAGAAUUGCAAAACAUAUUUGAUGUGAUCAUUUCGUUAGCUCGCUGUCCUAGUGAAGAAAACGACAAAUAUUGUGAAAUAUUGAACGUGACAAAAGAUGCCUCCGAAGAUGAAAUAAAAAAUUCCUUCAGGGAAAUAGCGUCAAAAUAUCAUCCUGAUCUGUACGAAGGGGACAAGGAUAUAGGAAAUAUGUAUUGGCUCACCUUUAUGCAAGCAAAAAUUGCUCUCAUUAAUCUAGUGAAAGGAAUACGCGGUAAAAACAACAGUGCAUGAAUUUUUCCAUAAAUUCGAGUACAGAAUCUGGUGAUUUUAAAUUGGUACCGCAGAUUUUUACUUUAUCGCUGGCGAUUUUAUCAGAAAUUAAAUCAACUGCGCGGUGCCUGUGAUAUGGAAUUGGUUUAAAAAAUUGUUGUGGGUUGAAUGUGUAUUUUAUUACGAUAAUUAAGUACCUACAUACAUGUGCUAUAUUAUUUUUAUUUUGCAUGGUACUUGUAUGCUAUUUUUUUAAUUUUUAAACUUUUUUUUAUGACAUAGGUAUAAUUAUUAUGUGAAGGAAAAAUAUACUCGCUAAAAUAAUGUGAUUCUAUCAAUGUUAUGUUCCAUUAAAAUGCAUCUUUUGAAAUUUU